AGGGUGUCCAGGAGAGGCUGAGAGAGAACGAUAACACCCAAGGGCCCUGGAAUGCGCUUGAAGCCCGACUCAGAGAGACUGAGGGAAUCUGAUAAACAUCCAUCCAUCCAUCCAUCCAUCUUCUACCGCUUAUCCGAGGUCGGGUCGCGGGGGCAGUAGCCUUAGCAGGGACGCCCAGACUUCCCUUUCCCCAGCCACUUCAUCCAUCUCUUCCGGGGGGAUCCCGAGGCGUUCCCAGGCCAGCCGAAGGACGUAGUCUCUCCAGCGUGUCCUGGGUCGUCCCCGGGGUCUCCUCCCAGUGGGACGUGCCCGGAACACCUCACCGGAGAGGCGUCCGGGAGGCAUCCGAAUCAGACCCACAGCUCGUGACCAUAGAAAAUCCAUCAAUCAGAGCAUGAUGGUCGUGUGAAGAUGGACAUGGCACUGGUAGCAGCUGAUCGUCUUCUGGAGAUUGGCGAUGAAAAACUGAGGAACCACACACAGGCUAAGCUCAAAAACCUGAAAAGCUGUUGGGAGGAAACUUGUACCUACAUCAUUCACUGCCACAGUCGGAUUGAGUGGGUGUGGCUCCACUGGAGUGAGUAUUUGAAGGCCCACCAGGAGUUUGUAUCGUGGCUAACGAGGCAGCAGCGUGACCUGGACAUUGGUGUGGAGUUGCAACUGGGACUGAAGGAAAAGCUGUGGCAAGUGGACCAACAGAGAGUGGUGGUGAGUGAUGUCCAUGGCCAAGCGACUUUACUGGAAAGGCUGCUGGACGAAGCUGCUGUGCUGCACAACAGAACCCAAGACCCUAGUGUGGAGUCCGAGGCACAGCAGAGACUGCAGGAGGCCUACACUGACAUCAGGGACAAGGUUGAGGAGCGUCUGUCACUGCUUCAGGAGAUAGCUGAGGAGCACCAGACAUACCAAAGUAGUGUUCAGAGGUUUCAGUCAUGGCUGCUGUCAAAAACCAAGGAGCUGACAGAUCUUAUGGAGAAGGAGGAUACAACAGAGAACAAACUCCGAGCCUUACAGACCCUUGAUGACAUUGUCGCCAGUGAGGAAAAAACUUUGCAAUAUAUAGAGGGUGUAGCUGAAGCUGUCAGAGCGAAGACCUCUCCUGCUGGAGCAGAGGUGGUAGUAGACGAGGCUGAAGAGCUCAGACUUGGUUGGCAGAGACUAAGGCAAGGCCUGUGUGAGGUUGAGGAGGGCCUACACGCCACCCUGUACGCACACAGCGAGUACAUGGCAAGAUGUCAGCGACUGGAGGAGGGUAUAGGAUGCCUCAGAUUACGACUCCAGGUGCUGAACCAGGAACUAGCGGAGGAUCGUGAUGUUGGGGAUGGCGCUGAUUACAUUGAAGAGCAGAUGGUGGGCCAGUGGAGAAAAUACAUGGGCGUAAGAAAGGCUCUGGUGGAAGAGGAGACCAAAGUGGACCACCUUAAAUUGCAGCUCAAGGAUCUGUGCAGGUUCUCGGAGGACUCUCGCCACAUUUCUGACGAUGUCAUUGGUAUUGUCAAAGAAUACCAGAGUGUGAAAUGCAAAGCAGCAAAAUUGUGCUCAGAGUCCGAGUCUGGCGUGAGAAACUCGCUCCAGGACCCAUUGCUAUUCUUUGCAAAAUGGAGGCUUAUGGUCUCUCAGGUUUUGGAGGCUUCUGCCGAGGUCACAGACUUCUCCAGCAUAUUCAUGUCGGUCCAGAGUAUUGAGCGGCUUUUGAAGGACAGUAUCCAGCUGCAGGACCGUUUGAAUCAGCUGAAGACAAGGGGGGACUUGCUCGACUCCGUGUUUGGUCCUGAAAGGUCUGAAGCUCUGCAGGCUGAGCUGAGUACUGCUACAACGAACAGAGAACUGCUGCAUGAUCAGCUUAUUCAGAGAAAGGGAAGACUACAGGCAAUGCUGCACGAGAGUCAGGAGAGUAUUGAUGAUCAUGCAAAUUUCCAUGACAGUCUCCUAAACAUAGAGAAAUGGUUGAUUAUCAUGAAGCAGAAGCUGGAGUCCUUCAAGCGCCCUACAGGAGAGUGGAGCGUUGAAAGUCGUGAACAUGAGGCCCAGAGAGCACUUGGAGAGUUUCCGGAGAAGGAGCUGCAGCUACAACAAAUGGAGGUGCAAAGUCAGAGGGUUUUAAAAAGGACUUCGGAGGAAGGAAGAGCCCACAUUGUUGGAGAUAUGAAGCGUCUUCAAGAUUCAUGGUUGGCGUUGUAUAGCAUGAGUCUCAAUAUUCACAGGCUUCUGAAUGGCGCCACAGACAAGAGCCAGACAGCCCUGACAGAGAUCAGUAUCGGGGACGUGGUUGAUGGAUGCGCUGUUCAUACUGAAGGCCACCUCAUACUGCCUGGGAUACAAGAUGAAUGUUUCACACGAUCAGGAAAAGGCAUGGGUGGCAACCAUCCCCAUGCUGUAGAUGUAAAUGAUUUGUCUGCUUGUACCAUUCUCAGUAGAACAGGUCAGCCUCUUGCCAAAGACUCUCCAGUGGAUACAAAUCUUAACACUGAAAUAGCAAGAGGGGAAGACAGUCGUUCCUUGAAGACAGCUACCAGAGGAUCAGUUUUGGUUAUCAGUGGUGGUGAGAGAACAAUGAGCCCAGAAGAUGGAGGUAUGAGGAUGGAGGAGAGCCUGAUCCAAGGCAGAGGAGCUUUCAGUCCUUUCAAACAUGAUCCAGCCAAGCAGCAAGCCAGCACAUCAACGCAAGGCACAAUGAUGGGGUCCAGGAGGAGAGAAUUUGAGGCAUGGUUGUGCAGAGAGGACGAACUCCUCUCAGAGAUCGUUCGCACUAAAAGAGCUGGACUCAAACGAAAAGAACUCAAGAUGCAACAGGACACACUAAGCGCCUUGAGGUCAGCGGUAACCUGGGGUCAAGAGAAGUUCCAACUUUUGCUUCAGGAGAGUGGAGUUGGUAAGAGUGGUCUAGCAGCGGACCCGAGUCUCGAAGAACUGCGUUACCGCUGGAUGCUCUACAAGUCCAAGCUAAAGGAUGUAGGUGUCCUCCGAACCAGGGUUAGUUCUAAGAAAAUCACUGUCAAACGAGGGGAACCUGCCACUGGAGCAACAGCGUAUAAGAGAACAGGGUUGCUGCAGCGGGUGUGUCGACUGGCUCUUCCUCUCUGGCUCUUCUUCCUGGCUUUACUGCUGCUGGCCUUUCUCCUGCCCCUCAUGGACGAAGGCAACAGCUGCUCCAUCUCCAACAACUUUGCCCGAUCUUUCAGCGUUAUGCUGCGCUACUCUGGACCACCACCUACAUAGCCGCAGUUGAUCUCAUUUUCCACAGCAAGUUCUUGUCACAAACUACAUGUCUACCUUUUACUGUAUCUAAAGAAGAAGAGACAACUGACUCACAAGUUCUCACAGCCAUCAUCAGGUUUGCAAUUGCCAACUCCAUGAUUUUCAUGACAUUUUGACAUUUUGUUGCGAUACAUUGUCUCACUAUGGGCCAUGUUCUCCCAUGUGUUUAUGAGGGAAAAGGUGCGUAGCUGUAAAGGCACUCAAGGUAACGUUGCAAAUUGAUUAAAAUAAUUUAGGGCAGGGCCCCCAAUUACCGUGGCCGCACACAUAGACGAAAAAAAAAAUAUAUUGUAUUGAGUUAAUCAAAGAUGCAGUGAGACAGCUAAUAUUGCAUUUUAGCUGUGAUAUUUACUGGCAGCAAAUAUUAGUGCUAGCCGACUUUUUUCGCUGUUUUUUUUUUUAUAUAAACGAUGCUCACUUACAGUAGAACGACCAGGAGUGAUUCUGUUUCAAACAUGGUGGCGGCCCGCAUUAAAAGACCAGCCAUCGGAGUUUUGUUUGUUUGUUUGUUUUUUAAAAAGCGAGAGAUUACCCCAAGAUGUGACCGGCUCGUUGAAGAGAAACAAGUGCAGAGCUUUCAGUAAUUACAACUAGGGAGGCCCCGAUCUGAUCACGUGAUUUUCAGCUGAUCGAGAUCAAGGUGAAAAAGAUCACAUUUAUCCAUUUACAGUUACAUAGUGACAACAUAAUACAAAGGUACAAAGAUCUUGCCAAAUGGAGCAGUAAUAUCUUUGUUUUAGAUUACACAAUGUAACUUUUAGGUAUGUUUUAGUAAUGCUAUAGAAUUACUAACAAGAGACAUGCGCUGUGUGUGUGUGUGUGUGUGUGCAUGUGUGCGCGCGCACGCAUCCUUGCGUGCACGUCUGACGACCUUUGCAACAUAGCACGAGGUGGCUGGUCGUCAUAGCCUACAAUGUGGGUUAUGUAGGCUAUAAGGCUCCAGUUCUGGAUGCAGAAGCAGUACCAUACGGACCCACACCUGAGCCAAAAAAGAGGUUAUGAUUCAAGACAUCCAGGGGGGUUUGAUUUUAAGCGCCUCAACAUUACAAGCUUUACGGUACUGACAAACCGUACCGACCAAUGACAUGCGGGUUCAGCCACCCCCUUCAGCCAAUCAAAUCAGCUUCUCAGGCAGUAAUCACUGACUGCGCGCAGCCCAGACAGAGAUGAGGAGAAACGUAGCAGGGGAGAUAUGCCUGCGAAUAUUCUCAUUCAUUUAGGUCCGUUUAUUCUUAGGACGUUGAAUCGAUCAACUGGACUGUUCUGUUUGUCUGAGAAGACAUUUCGUCUCUCAUCCGAGCAGGCUUGAUCAGUUCAUGCAACCAGGCUUUCUUAGGAUGUACUAGCCAGUGUUUUGUGUGGAAAACUCAAGCAUAAAUGGUUGUUUCUUCUUCACACCCUAUCUUUAAAGGAGAGCUCACACACCCAGCAGAGGAAACUCUUUUUGGCCGCUUGUAUCCGUCAUCUUGGUGUUUCGGUCACGACCCGCAGCUCGUGACCAUAGGUGAGGGUAGGAACGUAGUUUGAUUGGUAAAUUGAGAGCUUCACCUUUUGGCUCAGCUCCAUCUUCAACACGACAAACCGAUACGGAAUCCACAUGAUUGUUGAUGCUGCACCUAUCUACCUGUCGAUCCCCUUUUCCAUUCUUCCCUCACUUUUGAACAAGACCACAAGAUACUUGCACUUGAUACUGGAGGCAGGACCUCCAUCUUUUUCCGACUGAGGACAACGGCCUCAGAUUUGGAGGUGCUCGUUUUUCAUCCCAGCCGCUUUAUAAUCAGCUUCGAACCGCUCCAGCUACAGCUGAAGUUCAUGACUUGAUGAAGCCCUCAUAACCACAUCACCUGCAAAAAGUAGGCGCGUAAUGCGGGUGUCACCAAAGCGGACCCCUCAACACCUCGGCUGCGCCAAGAAAUUCUGUCCAUAAAGGUAAUGAACCGAAUCGGUGACAAAGGGCAACCUGGGCGAUAUUCAACUCUCACUGGGAACUGCCAGCAAUGCGGACCAAAUUCUGACACUGGUCAUUCAGAGACCGAAGUGCCUGUAUCAGGGGUUCCGGUACCCCAUACUCCCGGAGCACUCCACACAGGCCUUCCCGAGGGACACGGUCGAACGCCUUCUCCAAAUCCACAAAAUACCUGAAGACUGGUUGGGCGAACUCCCAUGCACCCUCCAGGACCCUGCUGAGGGUGUGGAGUUGGUCCACUGUUCCAGGGCCAGGAUGAAAACCACACUGCUCCUCCUGAAUCUAAGAUUCAACUUCAUGACAGGCCCUCUUCUCCAGAACCCCUGAAUAAACCUUACCAAGGAGGCUGAGGAGUGUGUUCCCCCUGUAGUUGAAACACACUCUAAAGUCCCCCUUCUUUAUCAGGGGGACCACCACCCCAUUCUGCCAGUCCAAAGGUACUGUCCCCGAUGUGCACGUGAUGUUCCAGAGGUGUGUCAGCCAAGGAAGCCCCACAACAUCCAGAGCCUUUAGGAACUCCGGGCGGCUCUCAUCCACCCCAGAAUUUCCUCAAAGGUGUCUAGACGUCAUUCUCCAUGGCCUCAUCAAACUUCAGGUGAGGGAGAUCACCUUAAAGCUGUGUGACAGAGGACAGUGACAGUCAGGGAGAGGGCGAGGGAGAGUGUGGCGGAUUUCCGUGUCAGUGCAGCACAAGUCUGCAUAAAAUGAGGCACAGGUUUUAUUUCUAUAAAGUGUAUUUAAUAUUGUAACUGUAACAUUAGGCACAGUUGGAAGAUUAACACUGUGGUUAAAUAUAGAAAAUCAAAAACUGUACUGAGAAAUUCAAUUAAGAUCUAUGGCACAUAAUUAAAUAAAUAGAAAUUACACCUAAAUGUUUGCAAAUUCAAUUCAUUAACAGUAUGUGUACAAUAUGUGUAAAAAUAAUGUAACAAAUCAAUUUCAAGGGCAAUUGUGAAUAUGAAAUAGUAUUUUCAAGUGAUUAUUCAUUAAUAUGGUUUAUGAUGUGGGUCCUGAUAAGUUUGACACCCCUGAACUCAAUUGAGCCUGUCCCAUACCACACUCUGAGAACCACUCCUCGAGCCUGUUGCUUUAAACAUAAUUGUCCUCCGCAUGUGACCCUCAAGUACACCCGAUUGAUGCAGUAAAACUCGUGGGGGGAAAUUCGUUUGGGGGCACAAACAAAAAUAUUUGUCCCCCCCACCUUUCACAUCAAAGUUACGCCACUGAAUCAGGCACACAAACCCUUUUUAGUGACGGACCUCAAAAUAUGCUUUCAGUCAUAAGCACAAUAUUCUUAUUCAAUUACUUAUUAUGAAUUUAUUCCAAACAGAAUUAAAAAAAAAAAAAACAAGCAUGCUCCUCUUCGAAGUGUAAGUGCACUAAACUGCAUCCAUUAUUGGUUUGCUGUUUAUUUUUUUCAUUUAAAAGUGUGCUUCAAUCUUUUCUACUCAUUUCAGUGAUUCAGGAAAUGUUCAUGUUCCAGGAUUUGGAGGCAGCCUGCGCUGUCAAUGAAUCACACCUCUUUUCUGCUUCUGCGUUCAUUCACAGCCUACGUGCGGUGAGUGUUUCGGAAGUCUCCAUGGGAGAAUAAAUAAAGGUUUUGCGCGAAUGGGAGAAUAUGGCCCUGUAUUGUCAGGUGCCUCAUAAGGCAGCACUUUCAAGCGAAGAGAUCCAAAAUCACGUUUCAAAUGAACAUUUUAAAAUGGUAUUUACACACUUAUGUCAGCCAAAUAGCGAGCCAACAAUACAUGGUUGUUUAACAUAUAUUGCGUAUAACGGUGUACUGUUUAUUCCUCAUUCUCAUAUCUCAUUCGGAUUUUUCCAAGUGAUGUUUUUUUUUAUUCCCGGCACAAAGCUUUCACCUUGAAAAGGACUUGAGGAACUAGACUAAAUGUUAAAAUGCCCAUAUCUUAUUCUAUCAAUUUCUACUCUGUACAUUACAGGCAUUUAAAUGUGUGCUCACUCUGGACUGCAGCAAAGGAAAUAGUUAUGCAGAACGUUAUUGUUGACUUAUAGCUAUGCAGAUGACACACAGUUGUAUCAAGGAGUGUCCCCAGAAGACUGGAGUUCAAUUGAGGUGUCACUAAAACAAAUAACUAGAUUAACCAAAAAUUCCUUCAAUUAAACCACAACAAAACUGCAGUAAUUUUUUUGUCGGCAGUAAAAGCCAAAGACCAUGUCCUAAACCUUGAAGUGCUGAUAGAUUCUGAUGGGACUUUCAGCAAUCAUAUCAAAUGAUUCACUAAGAGUCUUUUCACUGUUUCCCAGUCACCGAAAGAAAAUACUUUUAAAGUUCUGCUACUAAAAAUCUGUAAAUCACUAAAUGGUUUAGGUCUUGAAUACAUGAAAGAAAUGCUCAUGGAAUAUAAACCCAAUAGGGUUCUGAGAGCUGCAGACUCAGGUCAAAUAGUGGGGCACAGAGUCCAAAGUGAACAUGGUGAAGCAGCAUUUAGCUGUUAUGCCGCACACAAAUGGAAUAAGAUGCCAAUAGAAGUAAUGUUUGUUCAUUUGCUUUUAAGUCCAGGUUCAAAAGUAUUUUUUUUCCCCUCAUGCUCACUUAUUAAGGUCUUUUAAAACAUUUUGAAAUCAUUUUUGAAAUCUUUUACUUGCACUGUAUGUUCCUUUCAUAAUUUUAGUAAGGUAUGUUUUAUUUCUGUCAUUUUUCAAAUGCCUUUUGCUCCUUGUUUUUAAAGGCUUUAAAUGUUGUACUUUUAAUCAUGUAAAGCAUAUUGAGUUACCUUGUGCAUGAUAACAUGUACUCUAUAAAUAAAACUGCCUUGCCUAGUGCUUUCAUGAAAUGAAAAAUAAAGUUCAACGAUUGAAAA